AACGCUAUUCACCCCCCCUCUAGCGUUGGGCCUUUAUUCUAACAAUUGGUAUCAGAGCCAUACUCUCUGAAAGACUUAACCGUUUGAGAGGAACGAUCAAUGGCUUCUACUCAAAGUUCAUACGCAGGUUUAAGUGAAGGGAAAUCCACCACGACGCCUCCAUUGUUUGAUGGAACAAACUACACCUAUUGGAAGGAGCGGAUGAGGAUUUACAUCCAUUCCACGAACUUUCUCCUUUGGAGAAUUAUCAAAAAUGGUGAGAACGUGCCAAUGAAGAAGGUCGAGGAAACCAACGUCCCUAAGACUGAGGAUGAAUAUGAUGCGCAAGACAUCAAGAAGGUGGAAAACAAUGCCAAGGCCAUCAACAUCAUCUAUUGUGCCGUUAACCCAGAUGACUACCGGAAGAUUUCUUGUUGCACCACCGCAAAGGAAAUGUGGGACAAACUAGAAAUCACCUACGAAGGUACGGAUCAAGUCCGAGAAGCUAAAAUUGAUUUUCUAACCCAUGAAUAUGAAUUGUUUCGUAUGAAGAAAAACGAGAAAAUCGAUGAGAUGUUUGAACGAUUCUCCAAAAUCGUCAAUGAUCUUCAUGCUCUCAAGAAGACGUACACGGACAAGGAGCUUGUGAGAAAAAUCCUGCGAAGUCUCACACCGGAGUGGCGCUCCAAAGCCGAUGCCAUUCAAGAGUCCAUCGGCAUCACCAACGUCACCAUUGACGGACUUAGAGAAUCAAGCAAUGAGGACAACGAGUUCGGGCUCGUCAUCAAAAAAUUCCACAAGUUCAUGCGAAAAGAGUAUGAACGAAAGGGCAAAAGGCAUGGAGGACCACCCAAGUGCUAUGGGUGUGGAGAAGUUGGGCACAUCAAGCCAAAAUGCCCAAACUCCAAAAACGAGAAGGAGAAGAAACCGUUCAAGAAGCACCGAGCUUACAUUUCAUGGGGAGGUGAUUCCGGCGAUGAGUCAUCGGAAGGCGAAGAAAAUGAAAGCGCCAACCUCUGCCUCAUGGCACACGAAGAACCACCGGAAAAGGCUUAUAGGGUCUUCAACAAACGCACCUUAACCGUUGAGGAAUCUCCUCAUGUUGUCUUUGCCAAAAAUGAUGCUCGCUUGGCGAGAAAGGUUUCCUGUGAUGAUCUUAUAGAUUCGUUGGAAAACAUCUACGACGAUGACAAAGUAGACAACUCAAAGAAAAGCCAAGAUGAAGAAGUAGAGCCACCCGUAAAUGAGGAACAACCACAAGAGGAGGAAACGCCAAUGCCAAGGGCAUGGAGGACUUCAAAGAACCAUCCUCUUAACAAGGCUUGUGAUAAUCGACUAUCACAACCCACAGGAGUUGGAGCAAAGAAACUGAAGGAGCCAACAAUCGAUUAUCACGGGCUGCAGAACUUUCUCAAAAGCGGUCAAAGAAAGUGUUCCCGCACCGGCAAGAACGUUGCUUCCUCCUCGGCUCCUCCACCACCGGCGCACAAGUAUCUCGACGGGUCGUUCCUUUGGUUCAACGACCACGAAGAGGCGACGCGGUUCUCGGAAAAGUUUGAGCAUCGGGAAAUUCUCCCUCCCCGAUUCUCCACCGCCCGCUUCAUUCAUGACUCCAUUCCACGUGAGGCACGGAUUAUCCUCGAACGUGGAAACUUCCUCGACCUCCUCUACAUCAAGAAGGUCAAUUAUCACCAGUUUCUUGUUCGAGCUUUCUACUCGAACUUGAAAAAGGAUGAGGACGGAGCGUUGAUCUCUAACGUCAACGGGGUGGACAUCUAUUUGAAUGAGGAAAACAUUCAAAUUCUCACAGGGCUUCGUCGGGACGGACAGGAUCUCGGGCUCUACGUCGGAGAAGAAGGAGCACAGUUCAACGAAACCGCUCUCUUGGAGGAAGUGGGCAUCCGACACUUCGUCCCCACUCCCCAACAGCGGCGCCCUAUGAUUGCUUCCAUGAGCCCCGUGUUUCGAUUCAUUUUUAAUGUUUGGACACGGAUUCUCAAGCCCAGGAAGUUCAAUCACACCACUCUCUCCCAUGAGGACACGAAGACAAUUCAUGCGAUUAUUCACAACGCCAAUCUCAAUUGGUGUAAAUUUGUGAUGACUCACAUGUUCACAGCCACCUCCGACAAUCGGCCGCUCCCCUACGCCCUCCUUGUCAUGGCGAUUCUUGAAGACGACCACGCUAUGGCGGUUCCCGCAACCAGCUUAACACACACCGUACUAUGCUCUGCUGAGGCUGAGUACAUGACAGUGCACAUUAGUCGGAUAGGUGUCGGGCGUCAGAAGGCAACAGACUUAAUAUUCGUGAGGGAUUUAUAAUUUCGAUCUCACCUAUCGACAUGGCCGCGCACAUGUCCAUUACUAGCGUUCAACAUACAUUCAACAUGCAUUCACAAAACGCAGUAAAUAAACGUGUAAUGAUUGUGGCCCCUAAAAGAAAAAUAAAACGAUAGCUCCUACUAGCUUCCGGG